AUGACUCUGUGCUUUCAUUCACAGGAGGAAUCCGAGUGUCCUUCAUCUCUCUCUGUUAUCAAAGAGAGGACAGCAGGUGAAACUCUAGAGGAUGAUUUCUUCCCACCUGAUGAUCUCUCUUCUGAUGAAGAAUACUAUAUCGAAGAAAGCAAAGCAACCCAGUUCAAGAAAUCAGGUAUGAGGCGCAUAGAUGAUAUCAAAAAGGCAUUUUCAAGGGAAAAUAUCCAAAAGACAAGACAAAAUUUUGGCAAGAAGGUAAACAGGCUUCGAACUAGAAUAGUGACCCCUGAGAGGAGAGAGAGGAUCAGGCAGUCAGGAGAGAGACUGAAACAAUCUGGAAUAAGGAUCAAGAAAACCAUUUCACAAGCUGCCCCAACGAAGGAGACAUUCAAGAUCCAUAAAAAAAAUAAAGAACGAACAGGAGCCGAAGGUCAAGAGGGGAUCCAGGAAGCUGGUGUGCACAUCGCCUCUGAGCUCGCAGCAGCAGAGCCCUUCACUGAAGAAAUCUCUUACACAGAAGUGAUCACUAAAGUAAAGAAAGACAAGAAUAGUGCAACAAAAGGUGCUACCCAGUCAACUGAAAAGGGAGUGAAAAUCCCAGAAGUCGUUCUUAAGCAGGAAGGAAAAGAAGGAGGAGGAGGUGAUGAUGUCCCUUUGCUGGACUUAAAACAAUCAGCGUAAGGAAUCAGUUAGCAAACAUAACGUAUUAUCCUUACUGAACAAGAGGUAACACAGUAUGUACGCACUCAGCUUUAGAAAAAUGUGUGUAUAAGUUUUAUAUCACAAAACGUGUUGGUGGUGUUCUGUCAUUUACACGGGUGUCUGUAGUGUUGUCUUCUUGACAAAAGCCAAGCCAUGCAAACUGAGUGAAGGGGCUCCCCC